AACUUUUUAUUGUUUUGCGGUUUACAUAUUAGAAUUUGUAAAGUUGGAAGCGCGUUUACUUCAAAUUUAAGUAAUAGAAAGUAUAAUCGAUAUAUAUAAUUAUGUUGGGAAAAGUUAUCCGGCAUCUGGGCCAUCAACUAGACCACCAGGCACGCUUCACAGUUCGCCGCAUGGUGGCUACCACAAAUUCUCUCCGCAAAGACGCUGCAACAAAAUCGGCGCCAGAACCUGUGCCAGAGAGCAAUAUACGCGUGGAAAAGGAUAAAAAUAUAACGCUAAUCGGCAUCAAUCGUCCACAGCAACGCAAUGCUAUUGAUUCCACAACGGCCGCUCAACUUUGUGAGGCAUUUUCUGCCUUUGAAGCUGACGAUGCCUCGCCGGUUGCGGUGCUGUAUGGUGUGGGCGGAUCUUUCUGUUCGGGUUUCGAUAUUCUGGAGAUGAGUGAAGACGAGAAGGAGGAGAUCAGUGUAGACAUUCUUAUGCGCCCCGAGGGAUCAGUGGGGCCUACGCGUCGCCAGAUUAAGAAGCCUGUUGUUUGCGGCAUAAAUGGUUAUUGUAUUGCCAACGGCAUGGAGCUGGCUCUGAUGUGUGAUUUACGCGUAAUGGAAGAGUCAGCUGUGCUGGGUUUCUUCAAUCGCCGCUUUGGUGUGCCUAUGCUGGAUGGUGGCACAGUAAGGCUGCCUGCUAUGAUUGGCCUUUCUCGUGCGCUUGAUCUUAUACUUACAGGGCGACCUGUUGGCGCACAGGAAGCGCACGAUAUAGGAUUGGUUAAUCGUAUUGUGCCAACGGGCACAGCUCUCGGCAAUGCACUGGAGUUGGCCACUUGUAUAUCGAAGUUUCCCCAGCGUGCGCUUAAUCACGAUCGCAACUCUGUAUAUUCUGCUGCGUUUGAAACGUCAUCUUUCCACCAGGCUGUGCAGAAUGAAAUCAUGUUGACAUCACGCGAAAUCAUCGAGGACAUGCAAAAUGGCAUUAAAUGGUUUAAUUCUACUUUCAAGGCAGACACCACACACUCGUGGCUAAAGCGAGAUCGCUCUAUGGCAGACUGGGAUGAUGAGGAUGUAGCCGAAGCUGCUGCACAAAAGGAAACUAAAAAGCAACAGGAUGAACUUGCACAGAUUGAAGCUGAAAAACAAAAACAGGCGGAGAAAGCGCAGAAGAAAUCUAAAUCCAAAGCUGAAGACAAAUCUGGUGACAAGGAUACGAGCAGUGAAAAGCCUGAAUCAAAUGACAAACCAAAGAACAAAUAGACAUUGCUUAAAAAAAAUUGUUUUUUUUAUACAGAGCAAAUGUUAUAUGUACGUAUUAACAAAGUAACAUGCAGUUUAAAACUGACUAACUUGAAUCUGUUAAUUUAUUAAAACCGAACAAAAAAUAAACUGAAAAAAAAUGCAUUGUAAUGAA